AUGGCUGCCAUGGCCGAGCCGCCGCCGCCGCCGCUCCCCGCCCGCCGCCGCCUGUGCCCGCCGCUGCUGCCCGCGGCCGAGCCGCUGCUGUUCCUGGCCACCGUGUCCGUGGGGCUGCAGGGCCCGCUCGCCACUCAGUACCUGUGGGACCGGCUGGGCGCCGAGCGCGGCUACCACGGCCACAACAGCAGCGGCUCCGCCGGCUGCGGGAACAGCAGCGCUGCCCCCGACCCGCUGCGACAGGAGGUGGAAGCCCUGGUCUCCCACUGGAACCUCUACAUCACUGGGGGCUUCUUUGUCAGUCUCUUCUCCGUGACUCUCUUUGGACCAUGGAGCGACAGCGUGGGCCGCCGUCCGGCGCUCAUCCUGCCGGCAGCGGGCCUGGCCCUGCAAACGGCCAUCUACCUGCUCGUCAUGUACCUGGAGCUGCACGUCGCCUACUUUCUCCUGGGACGCCUUCUGAGUGGCCUGACGGGAGACUACAACCUGAUCCUGGCCAGCUGCUUUGCCUACGUGGCCGACACCAGUGACAGGCGCACGCGGACGUUCCGGGUGGCCAUCCUCGAGGCGUGCCUGGGCACCGCGGGCAUGCUGGCCAGCAUCGGUGGCGGCCAGUGGCGCAAGGCCCAGGGCUACAUCAACCCCUUCUGGCUCGCCUUUGCUGCCGCUCUUGCUGCCACUCUCUACGCUGCUUUCUGCCUUCAGGAGUCAGUGAAGCAGAGGAGACCGGCCAGGCUGUUCACGCUCAGCCAUUACAAGGCCGUGUUCAGGCUGUACAUGGCCCCAGAGCACCCGAGCUCCAGGUGGAAGCUCGCUCUUUACUCCCUGGCUUUUUUCCUUCUUGUCACAGUGCAUUUUGGAGCCAAGGACCUCUUUGUUUUGUAUGAGCUUGGCUUCCCUCUCUGCUGGGCUUCUGACCUCAUCGGGUACGGCUCCGCCGCCAACUACCUGGCUUACCUGAGCAGCCUGGCAGGGCUGCGGCUGCUGCAGCUCUGCCUUGAAGACACUUGGGUGGCGGAGAUAGGCUUGAUCUCCAACAUUGCUGGACUAGUUGUGAUUUCUCUCGCUACCACAACAGCACUGAUGUUUACAGGUUAUGGGAUUCUGUUCCUUUCCAUGGCAGCCACUCCAGUCAUCAGAUCCAAGCUCUCCAAGCUGGUCAGUGAGACAGAACAGGGUGCUCUCUUUGCUUCUGUUGCCUGCGUGCAAGGGCUGUGUUCCCUCGUGGCUACAGGAGUGUUCAACUCUCUCUACCCUGCGACCUUGCACUUCAUGAGGGGAUUCCCGUUUCUCUUCGGGGCUAUAGUCCUUCUUAUUCCAGCAGCUAUUAUUGGGUGGAUUCAAAUCUGGGACUCAAAACAUGACUACAAUCAUUUCCAAGAUGGUCCCCCAUCCCCUGCAAAAGACUGAGCAGCAACUUAGCAACAAGGAAUUGACCAUCACAGCAGUGUCCACCUGAAGACUGCCCUUUAUUCUUCCCUCAAAGGACAGAUUAGUGUGGGAGGGGCACCCUACUUGUCCCUACUAACUUUUAAAUGCCAAAUAUUUGGAAAUCACGGCUCUGACUACAGGAGGAACCUGAUUUGCAGGUGUGAAUGCCUCCUCAACAUUGUGUUGGCUCAUCUAUCAGAGAAAACCCAAGAGACCCAGAAGCCAACCAAGCUGUUGUGGGCUGUUUGCAAGGCUGGUGUAGUGUUUGGGGUUUGGAGAAGGCACUGUGACAUGCUUUUAAGGGGGAGAGAGGACUGAGUUCUGGUUUAAUUGCCAAACAGUCUUGAGUACUGCAGUGUUGAGAUUUCAGUGUGGUUGAGGUAUGGAUUGAAGCCUGCAGAGCCAGACUGAAGCAGAGGUGCCCAACAGUGUACUGCUGAGGAGGAAGAUCCAUGCUCUGGAUCAGAAUGUUGCCAGUAAAAAUCCUACAAGUGUCACACGCCAGACCAAGCUCCCACAGAAAUCCUAAUGGGGAGGGCUAGUUUAGCACAGGAGUGCUACUGCCGUCCUUAUUGACUGAACCAGCGUUAGUUUUGCAAUUGGAGGUGUCCUAGGAAGAGGAUUUAAUUCAUGAAGCAUUUGUAGGAGUGCCAGUUGCAUGUCCUGCCUGUUUGCAGCUCAGCAAGCUGCUUUUAAAAAGUAACAAAUCAUAACUCCUAUAGAUGCCUUAAUUGACAGUUGCCAAAACUGAUGAACUUAAGGCUAAAACUGUCAAGAUUGGGCCCCCCUAAGUGAAGCCCCUUACACUGUAGGUGUGCCCUAGUGUCUUGGGAAAUCACUGCUGUGCUUAUGGCAGAGUCCUUCCUCACCGAUACACUGUGCUGUAGUGAUGAGCUGGUGUGGGACUAAUGUCUUUAAGGUCGAUUUUUUGUUGUUGUAUGGGGCACAACUUUAUGUUGGUGACCUCAGUUCUGCUGUCUCUCUCAGGAUUUGUUGAUGCCAGCAAGCAAAUCUCAUGUUCAUGGUGCUUACAAUUGUUCCUUUCAAAGCACUACCUGUAUUGCUGCAAUCCAGUUUUCUUCCAAGUGCCAUAAACCAGCAGUUCUGUGUACACUGCACCACACACACUGUUCAAGUACCUGCAAUAAUGUCAUUACUGUUACUUUCAAAAUGAAUAAAACCUCCAUCCUCUUUUAUGGUUCAUAAAAUGACAGAUUUCUUGUGCAGCUGUUGAUAUCGUUUGUCCUUGCCUUGUCCGGGGUUUCUCUCCAUUAUUUUUAUGCUUUGUCCUUUAUUGAAGACUUACAAUAAAGAAACAGCAAUGGGAAUUUGUCUGCCUUGUGGAGAAUGAGUGUGUGAGAGUCAAAAGUGAGGAAAAUUGCAUGUUUGGGACUUACAAGGAGCCAAAACUUGCUUUUCCUGACCAC